CAUACGGUCAGUCGGAAGCGUUAUUGUCUGUGAUAUACAGUUCAUGGUUGUUCUUCAGUUAAACAAUAUUUUAAGAUUUAGUAUGUUGACUCGUUACGAACCUGAACGUCAACUUGAGGAGACACAGCAGCUUCCGGGAGAGAUGGAGGAGCUCUACACCUUAGAGAGGGAGGUGGGACGAGGCAGUUACGGUGUGGUGUUUGAGGGCCGUAUGGCCAAAACUGGACAGAAGGUGGCUAUUAAGCGGCUGCCCUGCAGCAACCCAGAGUGUGUUGAACUCUACCUGCAAGAGCUGUGGGCCAUGAGAACCACAGCCAGGAACCAUGUCAAUGUCAUUGCACUGCACAGCUGCCUCCUGCAGACGGGGUCCAGGAGCCUGAAGACCUUAAAACCAGGGAAACUGCCCCUGCGUCUGGUUGAGAGCGUGCUGAAAGGAAGUGUGGUCGCAGCAAAGCAAAGUCAGGAAAGGACCAAUCCUCAGUCUAACACCAGGAGGAGGACAAACUCUGGCUCCAGACUACAGGACAGGACUAACACUGUGCAGGCCAGAGCUCAUCUCCAGAACAAGGAUGAAUCAAAUGCAUCUGAUUCCACAACCCCUCAAAGGCCUCAGAGCAGAGUCAGGAAGAGACCGGCCCCGAGGGAGGAAGAGCAGACUGCGCCGCUGCGCUGCUUGGCCCUGUGGCUCGUGAUGGAGUACUGUGACGGAGGAGACUUGAAUCAGUACCUGCUCUCCAGGCCCCCGGAUGCUCAGCGUAACCACAGCGUGGUGCAACAGCUGUGCAGCGCCGUGGCCUUUCUACAUAGCCUGGGAAUCACCCACCGGGACCUGAAACCUGACAAUGUGCUGGUGUGUGUGAUGCCAAAAGGCCCCGUCGUCAAGGUGGCAGAUUUUGGUCUGAGCAAAAUGAGUGAGGGCUCCGUGGAUGGCGGCCUGACAAGACAGCACUUCUCCUCCACCUGUGGUUCGGACUUCUACAUGGCUCCAGAGGUGUGGGGCGGGCUGACCUACACGGCCCAGGCAGACAUAUUCUCUCUGGGCGUGAUGUUUUGGGCGGUCCUGGAGAGAAUCACCUUUCUGGAAGAAGGGACGACUCAGGAACAACUGGGCGCCUACGUGUGCAAGGGACGCUCAGGCUGGCUGAUGCCGCUGGGAGAGGCUCUGUGGGAGAAUGCAGAGCUCCAGCUGUGCAUCCCGAUGAAGUUUAAGAGAGCGCCCCCGCCCCCCCCUCCUGGCCCUGCCACGUGCGCCCUGCUUUUAGAGAUGCUCGCCUCAAACCCGGACGCCCGGCCGACGGCUGACCAGCUGGGGGCCAGGGUGCGCUCCGCUCUGAGAGAGGACUCCCACUGACACGGAGUACACUUGAAAGACUGUAAUGGGCUGAACGACUGUAAGGAGCCCAGACUGCAGUUCGUCCUGCUUGUUCAAACAACGGGCACUUUGAUGCCUCAGGGAGAAAGGGAUGAUAAAUGUGUAUGAUUAUCUGGGAUUGCAGGUGCUAAUUUUCUCCCUGAACCACAAGCUCAGCUUCUAAAUUGUGUGGAAAGCCAUAUAAAGGGAAAACGGGAAAGAACUAGCAGAUCCUCCAGUGGGAAGCUGACACUGGACCCCUGUGAGUGGUGCAGAUAAACAUAGUAUCAGGUCCAUGUAGAGAUCAGGUGGUUCUAACUGCAUCUCCUGUUUGCACUUGACACAGAAAAUCAGUUGUAGUGUGUGUAAGUAUGACUGAAUUGGCAUGAACAGGUUUGCUGCUCAAUGAGUCUUAAAGGUUUUUUCUUUCCACAUUAUCAUUAUUAUUAUUAUUAUUAUUAAUUUAUCCCAGGUAUGACUCUAAUGAGCUAUAAGGACAUAAAACUAGUUGGCUUAAAUCUAUAGCACAUCAGUGUAGCGUGGAUCGGACUACAUAAUGCUGUGUGUGCUGAAAUAACUCUGUGAUACUAGUAUUGUGUCUAAGCUGUAAUUUUUCUGUGUGUGUGUGUGUGUGUGGGCAUGUUUCACUCAAACGUUCCCAGAAUCUUCAGAACAAAACGUCUAUUUAUUCUUCUGUUUCACUGAAAUAUAACCUCCUUUGUGUAAACAUCAGUUUACUUUCUCUCAGAGACACUUAGCGUCUUUUUUCCUGCCUAUGUGGGUUCAAAUAUUAAUAUUCGAGUUUGUCAUUUGUAAAUAUUUCUUCGUCAUUUCACCCGUUUGCUUUGAGUUAGUGACGCCGUCAGCCGUUUACAGGAUUUUCAAACUUGUGUCAUAUCUGCUGCACAGCACGAGGCUCGCUGUGACGGACGAUCACUAACGUCCUCUCCUGAACAGGAAAUUAAAGCCAGGCAUGUGGAUUGUUGCUGAUCAUAUCCACGCAGUGUUCACACUGUUUAUUAGUGAUCAUCAGUCUCAGUCACAUGCGUUGACGAAUGGAGAUCGAUUAUAACAUGAAGUGUGUCCCAAAUUUCUUGUUAAUCUCAUGUAAUUUAAAUAAAGAUGAAUUUAUAACCUCUUUAAUCAGUGGUAACGGGGAUUUUUAUUCAUGUAAAAUUCAUGCUUGCAGUCUAGUUAAAGUCAGACAUUGACUUGUGGAAUAAAUGAACUCUUUGCUCGAUAAGGCUGUUACACUGAGCGUACGGAGACUCGGACAUUAGAGGGAAGUAGAGAUUUAAGCUAGUGAGGUGACUGUCAGCGCCUGAGCUCAGUGAGGUUGUCUCUGACAGAGGCCAGUACAUCAGAAACACGACCUUUGAACCCUUGUCCACAGAGGUUGUAGAGGACGGAUCGCUCUGACUCAUCACCACAGAACCUGUGCGGGUGGAACAUUAAAUGUCUUCUGCACAAAUCCCCGAAAACAGAAUCAAAAACACCGGCUACGUUAUUAAGUAAACCCAGUCACUGAGUAAACCUGUGCAACUGCUUGCCAACGCAUAUCUAAUCAGCCAAUCACAUGGCAGCAACUCGAUAAAUUCCGGAAUGUAGACGUCAUCAAGCAAACCUGCAGAAGUUCAGUUUGAACCAUGGCGUGCAGAAGCGCAUCUCUAAAUGCAUUAAACUUUGAAUCCGCCUACAGAGCAUAUGUAGACGAUAAAACACUGAAAAUGUUGCUGAGAACACGUCUCAAAUUUCGCUAAUAUUCACAUGACGGGAUCAGAAUUUGGCAUAAACAAAAGUAUGGAUCCGUCCUCCUUUUAAGGGAUGCUGGCGGGUGUAUGAAGGUGCGGGCCCAUCUGAGUAUCGCUCCAUCCUUUUAUGACCAUGCUGUCUUCUGAUGGCUGCUUUCAGCGAGAUACCACACCUUGUCACAAAGCUCAAAUCAUCUCAAGCUGCUUCCUUGAACACGACUUCACAGCACUCAAAAGACCUCCACAGAGCACCUUUGGGAUGUGGGAGAUCAGGAAAGUCCCGUAAUGGAUGUGCAGCCAGUGCAAGAUGAUCUCAUGUCAACAACUCUGCAAGCAUCCACAGCAGAAGUUGUCUCCAGUCUUUCUAAAGGAUUCCUUUAGUUGUUCUUUUUGUAAAUGCACCAAAUCUGGUCCCUCCUAAAGUCUGCUUUGGACCACACAGUGAGAGUCCUGUGAGCAGCUACCAGAUCCUUUGUUUCAAAUCCAGUCGAGUGUUGCACAAAAGCAAAAUUACUAACAUUGUGUCACUUUUCACAUACACACGAGCCAGAGUGUACAUAGAAACAAUUAGAACUUCAAUAUUACAGAUAGGAACCAUAAUCUCCAGCUCAUAUUUAUAGCCCACUGCGUCUUAAUGUUAACCGAUGAGGUUUCAGCAGAUGAGGGUUUUUUUUUCCUAGAUGUUAUCUUUUAUUCCCUCAUAUGUCUUUACUGAAUGACAGUAACAUUAGGAGGGAAUUUAGUGCUAAACAGACUAUCUUUAGACAACGCCAACUUGAUUUGGCUAACUUGUACUUGCCAAAGGCUCUUAUCCCCCAUUACUCAAAAUUGGAAUUGCAUUAGGAAGGGAUCAAUUUACAGCAAGUGUGGGCUGGAAGAAACAUUAGAGGCGCACUAACUCUUUCAUUGUACUGUGAGUGUUAAGGUUAAAAGCAUAAAUCUGGUAAAACUUGUUUGAUUAAAAAAUCUUUUUUAGUUACAGUUUUUCCCACAAAUUAAGGUUUAAAUAAAACCGUGGGCAACACGGGGCUUUGAGCUAAAUGCUAAAAGCAGAACGUGAACAUUUGGUUGAGUUAAGCUUUUGUUGAGACACUCAAGUCUGAGCUCUAAAUAUCAGGGUCAUAAAAAUGUGGUUAUCAGCGUCAUUUUGAUUCACUGCUGAGGAUGAAUUACUUCAGUGCAUUCAGCUGCAUUAUUCUGAUCUCUCAGCAAAGAAUUUCGCAUAGUUUCUGUUCAUUAAUAUUUGCAUAUUUUUUCAUUUUUUAAACUCAGAAUUAACUUUUGGUCGAAUAUUUGAGUCAUUCUGACUGGAAACACUUAAGAGUUUUGAAUGAAUUUUGAUGAGACUUUGUGGUGGGGGGGCAGAGUGAGCUCAAGCUGGUUUCCAGUUCUCUGCUGAGACUUCGCUUUCUUCUCUACUACAAUGUGAACUCGUGAACAGGAUGUAAAUAGAUUACCACAUUGUGAUUCAACUUAAAUUUAUUCACCAGUUCACGAUCAUAUUCACCUUGGGGUAAUGCAUAAUGCAAAGACCCUGCAGAAUGUGAGAGAAAACCUCAACAAUUAUACAAUUCACUGUGAGCAACUGUGGGGAGAAAGAACUCCCUUUUGAUAGGAAGCAACCUCUGAUAAAGCUCAGGGAGCAGCAGUUGGAGGGCGGAGGUAUAUCAAAAGGGAGGUCCCGAUCCAGCCAAUCAGAUAUCCCCAUGUUCGUUUUGUCUCUGUAACCAUAAUGUUGUUGUUGUUUUCUUUCUUCAUUCUUAUUGAUAAAUAUAUGAUGAACUUGUUUCUUGUUAGCCAAAUUUACGAUGCUCGUGUCGGUUUGCUUGUGAUAAUAUUUAACUAGCAUUAGCUAAAGUCUUGGCUAAUGCUAACUGAUGGCUCAGACAACAGGAUGUUGAUCCAGGACCAACAUGAAGACACGAUCCUUUUUAUAAAUACCAGCGUUUGGUAAUUAAACUAUUUUGAUGAGCUUCUUUUUUUCUUUUUCUUUUUUUUACAUAACUCAGAUUCAGAAAUGUGAAGAAAAAAAGUUUUGUAUUAAAGUUAAAUUUAUGCGUCAGUUUCUCAGAGGAUGUGAUAACAUCUGAGUUUGGAUGAUACAGAUCUGGACUCUUCAUCGUUUAAAUAUAGCACCUGAUUCUUCUGGGUCGGGAGCUCAGCUGAGACAAAAGGUUUCAAUAUUUUCUCACUUCAAACCAGAUUUUAAUUAUCAGCUUGAAAACAGGAUUACCGGCCUGCUUCUGUCGUUAUUUUUCCACUGUGAGAGUUUAAACAGCUUCACAUCUGUUUACUUAAA